AUGCUUCGGUGCACAGCAGUUCUACUUGUACUGAUGGUGGCCUUAUACGUCCUGAGUGCAGAAGCCUACAAGUGUCGGUGCACCAGGAAAGGACCAAAGAUCCGGUACAAGGAUGUGCAGAAGCUGGAGCUCAAACCCAAAUACCCCUACUGCCAGGAAAAGAUGAUAUUUGUGACCAUGGAGAACGUGGCUCGCUUUAAGGGUCAAGAGUACUGCUUGCACCCCAAACUUCAGAGCACCAAGAACCUAGUCAAGUGGUUCCACAUCUGGAAGGACAAGCACAGGGUUUAUGAGGCCUAA